CAAUGUGUGGAAAUUUUCGCAGCGCGAGACAACGCCACAAGAACUCUUUUUUCACUUAUUUGAUGUUUUCCGUUUUACUUUCCGUUCCAAUUUGUGCCAAUUUGUGAUUCUGUGCCCAAAAAAAUAACUCUGAGUGGAGGAUUAACCCGCUGCUGCUGAAAUAAAAAAGAGAAAAGCGGACUGCCACAUAAAUAUACAACAUUGUGCACAACUGCACGGAAUUGACUCAAUUUGCGGGGGAGGUAAUUUGGAGAUUGCUCCAGAGCAGCAAAGAACCACCCACAAAGUGCAAAAGUACUAAAGUUAAUAGAGUUUUUCAUAUUCGGUCGUUUAUUAAAUUAUGUGAGUGCCAUAAAGCGGCGCCUCAGCACUGUAUCCGUGUAAGCUAAGGGGUCUCAGUGUUAGCAGCAAAAUAUAUAAAUUGUUAUCCCACCCCUUGUACUUGCGCGCCUCCCCGUGGGGGUAAACAGUCUCCGUGAUAAGUCGUGGAAGAAGAGUGGUGCACAUAGGAGGAUAAUUGAGUGAAACUGUGACAAAAGCUUAUACUUUAAUUCCAAAUAACGAUUAUGCAAAUCAAAUUUGGAUUAAUGAUACCUCAAGUUUAACGAGGAGUGGUACUUAGCACCCACCCAAAAAGCCGACGCGCCUGGAUAAAAAAUAUGUUCCAUGAGUCGUGGCGUAUUGGCAUUAGGAGUAGCAGGAGCGUGGGAUGAAAAUGAAGAGGAGCGAAUUUGCACAUAACAUUUCAAUAAUUGAGGGAUAAAAUGGAUGGAGUGAAUUGGAACAUGGACGGGAGAUUUGUAAAUUUGCAUAUUUGAUUGAGGGGCGAAAAUUUUCCACUUGAACACUCACCGAGAAGGGUACGGAAGAAAUUUAGAGCGGGUGGGGUGUGCGCAAAGGGGUACACACACCCAAUAUUCCCAGGAAGAAAUGAAGUGGAUUUUGGUGUUUAUCUUAUUCCAAUGCUACUUCAUCCGCCGAAUAAUGUCAUCGUGCCCAUCGGAGGUGUGCAUAUGCAAAUGGAAGGGUGGCAAGCAAACGGUGGAAUGUGGCGGAAGGAAUCUCCUAAAUUUACCGGAUCGCAUGGAUCCGGGGACACAGGUGCUCAACUUCUCGGGGAAUAGCCUUACAAAUCUCCCCUCGGAGCGUUUCCUCAGGUUGGAGUUGAUAAAUUUGCAAAAAAUCUACCUAAGUCGGAAUCACAUAAUGAAGGUGCACAGUCGCGCAUUUAAGGGUCUCACAAAUUUAGUUGAGCUAGAUUUGAGUGAGAAUAUGCUCACGAGCAUACCAACGGAUACAUUUCAGGAUUACUCAUCACUCAUGCGCCUUUCGCUGAGUCGUAAUCCAAUCCGGGAGCUGAAAGCAGCUGCAUUUAGGCACCUUUCGUACCUAACGACGCUAGAGCUGAGCCACUGCCAGAUUGAGACGGUGGAGAAUGAGGCCUUCAUUGGGAUGGACAACUUGGAGUGGUUGCGUCUCGAUGGGAACCGUAUGCAUACAAUUGUGGGUGACAACAUCCUCCCCACAUCACUCCAUGGUAUUGAUUUGCAUGGCAAUCAGUGGCGGUGCGACUGCCAUCUCAUCGACAUCCACUCGUGGCUCAUGAGCACAAAUGUGCCCCAAAUUGAGGAUCCAGUGUGCGCAUCCCCGGCUCGUCUCACGGGUGUUACGAUAAAGAGCGUGUCAACGGAUGAGUUGGCAUGCCUACCCCACAUAACACCCACAACGCUGUACUUGGAGAUAGCCGAGGGGCGAAAUGUGUCGCUAUACUGCAAAAUAACUUCAAUUCCGGAAUCUACAGUGUCAUGGUGGUUUCAGGGGCAGAUUCUCCAAAAUGAAUCAAUGGUUACAAACAAUUUGCAUCUCUACUACUAUAUCGACGAGGGAAUUGAGGAAAAGCGCAGUGAUUUAUUCAUCUACAAUGCAAAUGCCGAGAAUAAUGGUACAUUUGCUUGUUUAGCUGAAAAUGCGGCUGGUCGUUCGCAAGCCAACUACACAAUACGUGUCAUUGUGAAGGAGAAGCAAGUGGUUGAAGAUGCCGUCACACUCACGGAUGAGCACUUGUACAUGAUGUACAGCGUGGGCGGGGGAGUUGGGGGGAUUUUAUUCAUCAUCGGAUGUAUCAUUAUCUGUAGAUACGUUAGACGCUCCAAGGUACCUAAUGAUCGUCGUAUUAAUGAGGUGAGUUUGGAAACCUCACCCACGGCUAAUCAUGUGCUCAAGACAUCACACACCAGCCACGAUAUUUCAUCGCCAUCCGACCCGAGCACAAUAAAUAAGCACGGAGUUAAUGGCGGUGUACCACCCAAUGGUACCAUCAAGAACUCAACAGCACUCCUAAUCACCGAUGAAAAUUUCAUGCGAAGGGUGGAUUCCCCCCAAGCGGGUGGUGGCAAUACAGGACGUGUCUGCAGUGGUGGUGCCGAUCCGAAUCCCGAUUUAAUUAAUGAUGCCGAGAGUAAGGGUCAAAUGUGCAAUGAUGCACGAGUCACAGCGCCACGCAUCACUUGUAUACCACGGAACAUCAGUCGCGAUAUGUACUACGACAGUGAUGUCCAUCUCAAUCCAAUCAAUCUCUUCAGUGCCCACGGUGAGUGCCCGAAAGUCACAAUGGUGGCCCCCGAGAAGAUAAUUCAAGUUACAGAGCUGAGUCGCUUUGGUACGAUGCCGCAUCCGUCGCGUGUCAAAAUGCACACCUAUACGCCCCUACGGUACUCCCAGGAGGCUGAAUUCCUCAAACAACCGCCGGACCACCGACCCUUCGACAUGUACACGCCGCCACCGAACUUGAGGUGCACGGUGGAUGGGUACCCGUGUGGGGCGCAAUUAGUAACAUACAAGCCAAACGACCCCCAUCAUUUUCCCUCCCCACCUGAACCCUUUAAGAACGACACAACCAUAUGUAGCCCCAUUGUGUCGUACAACGCAUGGUACAGCACCCCACAGCCAUGGCCGCCGUGCUUACCGGCCUACCAAAUAAAGGUGAAAGAUAUGACGGAAAAGCGCUCCGCUUCGGCCCAAACAAUUCCACCCGCCGAUGUACCCGAGUCCACAGCACCCGCAACCAUUGCCGAGGAGGUGGCAGACGAGGAGGCGGCUGAAUGUGCCGAGGCACAGGAUGAGGGCGGUGAGGAGAAAUUGAAACACUUCCCACUAGCAGAUAGCCCUGAUGAAGGCUACGAAGACAUGAGUCAGGAAGGGAUGUGACGAACACAAGGAAAUGGUACAACUUCCACAUCAAAUAAAUUUCCCACGUCAUUCAAUGUUUUUUCAUACUGCAACUCCACGGGAGAUCUCCCCGAGGAUGACGCUGUGGCA